CCCUGGGAUCUGGUGGAUCCUUGCACAUAAUAUGACUGAUCUUAAGCCUUUCAUCUGCCUUCACAGAGCCGAGCUUUUGGAUUUAAGGUAGUUUGCCCAGGACCAGACUUUGCUAUGUUGGCCAAGACAGUGCUUUCUCUUGGUCUGUGGCUGCAGUUUGCUGCGGGACAGAACACACCUGGGAGAGGUCCCCAGCACUCUGUUUCCAACUCAGAGGGGGAUCUCCUCUUCUUACUGGACAGCUCUGGCAGCGUCUCCUACUAUGAGUUUUCCAGGGUCAAGGAAUUCAUGUGGGACCUUGUGCAACCCUUCACCUUUGGCCCCAAAGAUGUCCAGACCAGCAUCAUCCACAUCAGCACUACACCCACCAUGGAGUUCCCGUUUGACCGGUACCAGUCCAGUGGGGCUCUGCAACAAGCCAUCCGGGACACUCAGCAGCUCAUGGGUGACACCAACACAGGCAAAGCGCUCUCCUAUGCCAAGGAGAAGCUCUUCAGUGGUGAAGCUGGUGCCCGGCCUGAUGUGCCCAAGGUCCUGGUUUGGGUGACGGAUGGUUUCUCCACUGAUGACAUCUCGGAACCCAUGAAGCUCCUGAAGGACAUGGGAGUAACGGUGUUCAUCGUCAGCACGGGACGGGGGAACUACCUGGAGCUCUCUGCUGCUGCCAGCCAGCCUCCUGAGAAGCACCUGCACUUUGUGGAUGUUGAUGAUUUAACCAUCAUCACCAAAGAGCUGCGAGAUUCUAUCCUAGAUGUUAUCCAAGCAAAUCGGCUCCAUGCAGUAGACAUCACCUCAAGCAGCUUCCACCUGGUGUGGCCCAAACUCCUCUCCCAGGAAACUGGCUACUACACCCUAGAGUAUGCCCCAAUAGAUGAUCUAGCAAGGAAGAGGACACAUCAAGUGUCUGGGGCUCACAGUAGCCUCACACUGAGCAACCUUGCACCAGAGACUACGUACGAGGUGGCACUCAUUCCUGAAUCCAACAUCCACUACUUCCCUCCCCAGACAACAAGGGUUACUACCCUGGCAGAGGAAAUAAGCCCAGCCCAGGUUUUGAUUUCGGAGUCUGGGCCACACAGCUUCCAUGUGAGCUGGGCUCCUACCCUGGACAGUGUGACCAGCUAUCAGGUCCUGUAUGGACCACUGCCCGGCAACUCGGUGAAGCUGCUGGAGGUGGAUGCUCAGCACAAUGGCACCGUGGUGGAGAACCUGGCAGCCAACACAACCUACCUGGUGACAGUGACUGCGAUCUACAGGUCAGGGAAGGAGAGAUCCCUGUCAGCUAAAGCAUGCACCCAGGAAGAGGGCUCCAAAGUGAGGCACCUUCGCUUUGAAGACAUGGGCCCCAGCACCCUGAAAGCCUCCUGGGACUCUGCUGAUGGGAAAGUCCUUGGUUACAGAGUGAGAUGCCGGCGGCAAACGGGCCCUUCUUCUGUCAUCAGCGUGUCGGCACAGACCCGCAGCGUGCUCCUCACAGAGCUGCCCGCAGGCACCACCAACAAAGUGUGUGUGAAGCCCGUGUACAAGAACCAGGCAGGCAAAGGGCUGUGCCGCAUGGUGCACAUGCAGCCAGCUACAGAGGCCCAAGGAUAUAAGCACAGACAGAGAGCGUGA